UACGAAUACUUGUACCGGUACAAUCAAGCAGCCCAACUGGCUUUGGCGCAGAACUGCUUCCAACCCGAGAAGCGACAUCGAUCUCCGCAUAGCCCAACCAUCAGCACAUCAGCAGCACGUCAUCAAAGAAGUAGAACAAAUAAUAAUAAGACUUCAGAAAUGCCACGCCUAUCCAAGAGACUGCAGAUUCCAAUUAUCCCUCGUCAUGAGGAGGAAGCCCUGCUGCGAAAAUCAUUAAAAGAAGCCCGGGAAGGUUCUGUUCGAGCUGUCUUGUUGGGUGGCAAUAGUGGGACGGGCAAAUCCACCCUGAUCCGGACUGCACUGGGCGACUUGCAAAAUUGUUGGUAUUCUGAAACUAAAUUUGAUCAACGCUCUGCCAAUGCUCCCUUGGAAAAUUUGCGAGCACUCUUGUCGGAACUGAUCGAGACUACCAAGCAGGGAGAAGACGGAUCUAAGUGUCCCACGGCAAUCAAGAAUACCUUGGACGUGCGACAGUAUCAUGUGCUGAGAGCCUUUUUGAAGAAGGACUCCAAGGACAAUUUAUUGGAAGAAGAUUCCAGUGAAGAAUUCAAAGGGGCUGACAGUGAUGAUGAUGAAGACAGUGUCAUGACAAUAACCGCCGAAGUUUCCAAGGAUGCCCUCAGUGUUUUGACAUCUGCAGUUAAAGCCUGCAUCCGAUCCAUUGCCAAACUAUCAACGGUUGUGUUGACUGCCGAUGAUGUUCAUUGGAGUUGUCAAACCAGCAGGGAAAUUUUUCGCUCCCUCUUGUUGGAUCCCAGUCUUGAAAAUGUCCUCAUUUGUGCUACCUUUCGCACCCAAGAAGAGACCGCCACUGAAGGGUUCUACAAGUGGAAGGAGCAACUCCUGGGUGGAUUGACAGAAUCCACACCACCAGGCACAUUUCAGACCAUCAUGCUUCAUGAUUUGACAGAACGGCAAGUUUCGGAAUUACUAGCUGAUGCCCUCAGCAAGGAGAUCGAUACAGUCCAACAGCUCUCUGAUAUCGUCUAUGGAUUCACACACGGCAAUCUAUUCUUUAUGAAACACUUUCUGGAAAAGCUGCAAGACAAUGACUUGUUGACAUUUGAUUUUAACCUGUUUCAAUGGAAUUGGAGUGUCGAAGCCAUUAAGCGACGUUCCUCCUUGUCAGACAAUGUUGUACAGAUGUUGGCAUCACGAAUCCACCAAUUGCCGCAGUGUGUACAAAACUUCCUUAUGCUGGCUGCUUGUUUUGGGGCCCAUUUCGAUAUUCGGGCCUUGGAAAAGGCGCGGUCUGCAUUGGAUGUUGAGUGCGUCUAUCAGAGUGUUGGAGAAGCAAUGCAACAAGAGUUUAUCAUGCAACUCAAUGAAACCCAUUACCGAUUCACUCAUGACAUGAUACAACUCACAGCAUACGGAUUGUUGCCAGAUGAUGUUGAAGUCUCCCAAGUUCAUUGGAGAAUUGGAAAUCUGCUAAUGGAUGAUGACGUUUUGCUCAAGGACGAUUCAACUUUCUUUGCGACUGUGGAUCAUUUGAAUUCGGGCGUCAAUGGGUCAAGAGACCUUAUCGCCUCCUGCACCGACGACAAAAAGAUCAAAUUGGCCAAGCUAAAUCAUCGGGCCGGAAAAAAGGCGGCUGCUCUUUCAAGUAUUCUACCAGCAACUCGAUAUCUUGAAGCAGGUGUGGCAUUUUUGGGGGGCAACCCCUUUGAGUGUGACCGAGAGCUUGCUGUCAAGUUAUAUUCCGCGUUUGCCACCACCAAAUUUGUGUGUGGCCAUAUCGACGAGGCACUUGCUGCCUCUCAGAAAGUCAUGGAAAAUUCCACCCAGAGCCACAAAAACAUCCCGAUGCUGGGUGUCAUGUACGACUGCUACUUGGCCCAGGGGCGUGUCUCGGAUGUGGUGGAGUACUCCUUCUGGAAGUUGGAGAAACUGGGCAUCAAGCUUCCCCACAAACCCAACACAAUUCACGCUCAGAUGGAGUAUCAAAAAAUGAAGAGUCGACUGAGUGCAAUGUCCAAUGAUGUGAUCAUGGCAUUGCCACCCAUGACGGACAUGGAUAAGGAAAUUGCAUUGGAGGUGUUGUACCGACUCAACAUGCCUUUGUACCAGAGGGAAGAGGUGGAACUCUGUAUGCUUGUCACUGCCCAGAUGAUACAGAUCACGCUCAAGUACGGCUUGACCAAGAACUGUGCACAAGCUUUUGUUUUUGCAGCUGCCUUUAUUGCGGGUCAGUCACACGACAUUCGUGAAGCCUACCGACUGGGGCAACUGGCGUCCAAAAUGGUGGAAAGGUAUGGUAUCUCUGGGUCUGCUCUAUCUGUCACAACUAUGAUACCUACCAUCACCAAGUGGUGGCUAGAACCAGUUUCCAACAACUUGGAGGAAUUUCUUGUCUGUGAACAAACCUGCAUGCAAUUGGGAAUGAUUGGUAAUGCUUUUCAGAGCACUAUCGCCUACUCGAUCGAUUAUUUCUUCUCAGGCCUUCCUCUGGGGCCGUUGCUGGACGAUGUCGAAAAGCAUUGUGAUCGAUACUUGGAGUACAAUCAAGUCAUGUACUUCUUUGUGGUGUCCCCACUAUGGCAAUGUCUCCUGAAUCUGACAGGCCGGUCUCAAAACUCAGCCAGUAUGGAGGAAGGUGAGGUCAUCCAAAAGAGGAACAAAAUGAACAAUCACAACAAAAUCGGCGAUCAAUCGAUCAAAGCUCUCCAAAUGGUUCUUUCAUUCUACUUUGGAGAUCUUACAAAGGCAACAGAGAUGGCAGAUUUGUUGCAAAAAGUCAAACCAGGUAUCAUGAAGGCUUCCUUUUGGUACAACUCUCGGCGGUUCUUCUAUGGCCUGAUUGCCAUUGCCAAUUUUCGCCGUAUACUGUGUCCUAGACAGAAGUUGAAGUACAAAUUGCAAGCCGACAAGCAACUCAAGUACUUUCGUACGGUUGUCAAGCAAGGUGCCAUCAAUCUUGUACACAAACUCCAGUUGUUGGAAGCUGAAAUGACGAGAGCCAACGCUGCUAGAAUGACAGGUCCCUCUUCUGCUACCAUCCUUGCCAAAUUUGAUGAUGCCAUUGUAUCUGCUAGCAGGGCUGGGUUCUUGCAGGAUGCUGCUUUGGCAAACUACUUGUGUUUUCAAUUCAUUGAGGACAAGAAGGAGCACAUGCACAUGGCCGAACUGUAUGUGAAGCGAUCCUUUGAGUUGUGGAUGUCCUGGGGAGCUGUGACGGUGGCAGCUUCAAUGGCGAAGCGGCAUCCCAAGUAUUUCGAUUCUGAUUCUGUCCGAAGCUCCAUUAGUUCCUCCACGAAGGCCAGGCUAACCGAUGGUUCCAGUUAUCGAGGUCGGGCCCGAUUCGAUCCCAAACUGGCUGCCCAACACAAAGAACUCAACGUUGUGUAGCUUGCCUUGAUCUGGGCCUGAUCAUUAUGGGAAGAAUAUAUGAUCUACGUAUAUUGGGGAGAAAGUUUGAUUGCAUACAUUAGUCUUCUCCUUAUGGCUCUCUGACUUGGAGAGUACAACGCGCCAAUCAACCCACAAGGACGUGGUGCACCUCGAAUUCCCGCAGGUAGACGACAAAGGGGGUUUAGAGACGGUGGAAUAUCUACGGAAGCCAGCAAGGGCCAUACUUCCACAAGUAGAUUAAUCAUCGAAUCAUUCGCCGCGGCCAAGAGAUGCUCAGCAUUCAACCCACUCAGGAAAUGCAGGUGCUGUGAAAUGCAGGUGCUGUGAAAUGCAGGUGCUG